AUGGCACACUUUUGCUGGCUCCUCAAAUUCGCCUUUCUGCUGCUGAUGAUGUCCGGUUGUUGGACACGUCCCGCUCCCGCUCCUUUGCCUGGCAGUCGACAGAGUGAACUCAUCGCAGGCAACGAGUUCCUCAAGCUCUUCCUAGACCACGAUGACCAGCAGCGAAGUCUGCACAGCAGUGAACAGGACUUUGAGGGCAGAGCAGAGUCCACCGCCUCAACAUCGCCGAAUCCUCAUACCCGCCAGCGAAUGGCCACGGGCAGGAGUUUGGAUGGCAGCAGGAAUCGCUACAGGAAUUCCCUUAGUUCCGGCAACAAUCCCGCUGUAGAGGAUUCAGACUCCAAGCAGGUGGUCAAGUUGGUGACCUCAGGCAGUAAGAUAGUAUUCCUCGAAGAUGCUCCAAAUUCAGGUAGCAAGUCGGGGAAGUCCUCUUCCAGCGAUGAGGUGAAAGUGGUGGCCGUGAGUGUGAGCUCCUCUAGCAAGAGAGGCCCUUCAAAGGGCAGGGAAGCCCAGGGAAGUCCCACAGGAAGUGGCUCUGAUUUUGUAAAUCGCUCGCACAAAAGUGAACUUUCCAUUGAGGAAACGGAGCCCCGAUUGGCUGGGGAUUCCAUGGAUGCUGAAGGGGAUUCCCUGAACAGUGCCUCUAAUAUACAGAAUGUGUUGGCAGCUCCUUUGCUAGCGGCCUCAGCCUCCUCAAUGCAUUCGUUUUUGAAGAACCAGACAGAGGAGGCAACGGGAACGGGAGCUGGAACUGGGGCAGGAGCAGGUUUGCCCUUUCAAACAGUAAUUUAUCAUGACACCAAGCAGGGCAGAGGACCCCAGUCUCGGUCCAUAUCCUAUAGCUCCAUCAGCCAGAAUGUAGAUGAUUUGCAAGCCUGGCAGCAGUCGAGGAGCGGCAUCCUGGCCGAGGCCCAGAGGAAUGUGAGUGAGAGCCUGAAACAUGGACAUGGCUCGGAGCCAGCCAAGUUCUACUCGGUUCCUUCGAAAAUGUACAGUGUGCCGAGUAAGUUUUAUUCAGAACCAGCCAAGGUUUACUCCGAGCCAGCCAAAAUGUAUGGUCAGCCCGAGAAGGUAUACUCGGAGCCCUCGAAGGUAUAUGGACAGCCCUCGAAAUUUUACUCGGAACCAGCCAAGGUUUACGGACAACCCUCGAAGGUCUAUGGAGAACCCGCCAAGACUUACUGGCCACAAACAGUGACCAGCACUGCAGCCACCCCAGCGGGAAGUACUUCUCAUCCCAGCCCGAUAUCUGGGAGUAGCACCAGCACGGAGCAGCCGGUGGUUCCCACAACGUUUUUGCCGCCCAGAUCUAGACCACGACCAGCGAUUGUCUCGCGCAUCGCUUUCGGCGAGGCCCAGAGCACAACAGCAACAACGCCAACAGCAGCCACAACAUCUGCCACAGCAGCAACUACAACGGCAGCAGCAGUGGUCAGCAGGGUCACCACACUAAAGCCUCCUAGCAGCAGCAGCAGCAUAAGGCCCACCACUUGGCAGCAUCAUUAUCACAGCUACCAGCAGCAGCAGCAGCAGCAUCAAUCGCAGCAGCAGCAACAUCCGCCACAAGCUCAUCCAACGCGGCGCGUACUCUUCAAUUUGGAUAAAUUGCCUUAUGAUUUAUUGAAUGCACCGCAGCCGCAUCUAUUGGAGCCAAUUUCAUCGAAGCCAGGUCCAAACUACCAGCAACAGCCACAGCAGCCACGUCCCUGCUGGGAGCAACGUCAGCAUUCAUCACUGCCGCAUCAACAUUCUAAUCAAAAUGCCAAAGGAUUGCCCAACAGAGAUCUAGUCAAGUGUGUUGCCAAAUUCGCACACCAACAUGGAGCAGCUACGGCAUCGGCAUCCACGGCUCCGCCAUCAUCAUCUCCAUCGUCGGGGUCAGGCAGCAGCGGCGGCGGCGGAGGCUAUUCAUACAGCUCUAGCUCCAGCAGUAGCUCCUCCUCCUCAUCCUCAUCCUCCUCAGCCGUGGCAUCUGGAGCCCACUCCGCCCACUCCCCAUCCUCAUCUAGGGCGCAGCACCAUCAACACUUUACCACCGAGCGCCCCGAGCUCUAUACUCCGACCUCGGAGCAGAAUUACGAAAUCGAGGAGUCCGUUAGUGUUAUGACAAACGGACGGGCCCAUGGAGUACAGGGAGGCGGUGGCAGCGGUGGCACUGCAGCAGUGGCCACUACGCCAGCUGGUCCAGCGACGACGAGCACCAUUCGUGGCAUCAACAGAGGACGUGGCUCGGUGGUUUACAAUGCAAAUGCCAACGAUUAUUCGGAUGAUGGCGGGGAUGGGGAUGGAAAUGGAGAGACCACAUCUGAGGGUGAUUCCUCGGGCGAGGAAGGGGCAGCUGGAGCACCCGAAGACGAGGACAAAGUGGCGUACGUGGUCGAGGGACGUAACUAUCGCAAGUACCGAGUGGAGGAGAAGACCGACGACGGCUUCAUUGUCGGCGAGUAUGGAGUAGUGGACCAUAACGAUGGGAACCUCUGGGGAGUGCGUUAUACCGCUGACUCCACCAUCAAUCGCAGUCUGAUUCAGAAGGCGUUGCUCACGUUUCUCAAGCUCAAAUAGGGGGGGCCAUGGCGGUCACUCUGCACUCGAAGAAAUACAUUUUUUGAAACUUGGAAAAAAUGGCAGAAAAUAGAGCUUUAAUGGGUGAAGAUUUUCAUAUUUUUAUUGAUUUAAAAAGAUGUU